CGAAAGCUCGGACUUGGGAGAGGGGUGACGACAAUGCUGAGGAUGAUCAGUGGUAAAAAAGGGGUCCCAUACAUCAAAUCCAGCCUGUUUUUCCAGCUAUGGCACAACGCAUUUUGGUCAGGUGUCAAUCGGACCUAAUCCCAGGCCCCCCGACGCAGAGAAACGAGACAAUAGCCAACAUCAUCUGCUUGCAUCACUGGGAACGAGAUUUCGACAAGACGCAAGAUGUGCUAAACUCGUUGGGUCAGUACGCUAGCAAUAAUGUAAAAUGCUACUUUCUCUUGGACAACGGGACAGCUGGAUCCAAGGAGCCUGAGAUCUUUGUCUACCGAUGGGAUGGAAAGGGACUGCAACCUAGACCGGUUAAUACUGGUAUCGUAGACUACCUAAGUCACAUCCCGUUCGGCGAACACUUGGGUCAGCAAGCGGGGCUAUCCGAUCAGGAAUAUAUUGCUACAUACGGUCAAACUGCAUUCGCAAAGGUCGCCUCUUCCAGGGAUGAACAGAGGCAAAGAUGGCGGAACGCGUUACAACCAAGGGGAAAAUCAUUCCACACCAACCAUCCAGAAGCCGGACCAAGCUGAUGGCGUCAGCUAAAAAGCUCGGCAGCAGGCCAAGAGGG